GAGCUAGUGAACAAUUCUGGGAAAGAUACAGAGAGAGAGAGAGAGAGAGAGAGAGGGAGGGAGGGGGAGAGGGAGAGGGAGAGACAGCCAGCGUGUGCAUGUGUGAUGAGCAAUAGCUGUGGACCUUACAGUUGCAGCUAACUGCCCUGGUGUGUGUGUGUGUGAGAGAGAGAGAGAGAGAGAGAGAGGGAGGGAGGGAGUGGAGAGGGUGGGGGGGAGAGAUAAGAGAGAGAGGAGGAAAAAGGAGAGAGGAGAAGGAAAGAAGAAGAAGGAAGGAAGGGGACAAUACAAUCAUGCUGUGCUGUAUGAGAAGAACAAAACAGGUUGAAAAAAAUGAUGAUGUUGACCAAAAGAUUGAGCAAGAUGGCAUCAAACCAGAAGAUAAAGCUCAUAAGGCAGCCACCAAAAUCCAGGCCAGCUUCCGCGGACACAUAACAAGGAAAAAGCUCAAGGGGGAGAAGAAGGGAGAUAUCCAAGCGGCCGAUGCUGAGGCUGCUGAGAAGAAGGAAGAGGCCCCGUCUGAUGGUGUGGCAGAGAACAAAGAGGGCGACGCUCCUGCUGCCACAGAAGCUGCUCCGUCUGACAGCGCCCCGCCUGCAGAGGGCAGCAAAGAUGGCAGCGCUCCCUCGGAGGAGAAGCAGGGGGAAGGCACUGCUGACGCUGGCUCAGAGCAGCCAGCCCCGCAGGCAGCCACUCCUGCCUCCUCCUCAGAGGAGAAGCCCACUCCCACUGCCACUGAAACGGAAAGUGCCACUAAAGCUUCCACUGAUAACUCGCCGUCCUUGAAGGCUGACGAAGCCCAAGACAAAGAGGAGCCUAAACAAGCCGAUGUGCCUGCUGCUGUCACCACCACUGCUGCAGAGGAUGCUACUGCCAAGGCAACAGCGCAAACGGAGACGGCGGAGAGCAGCCAAACCGAAGAGAAGACAGAUGCUGUAGAAGAAACCAAACCUACUGAAAGUGCCCAGCAGGAAGAGGUGAAAGAAGACGAGAACAAGGCGGACCAAGAAAAUGCCUGAACAUUAAGAAAUGACUCCCCACUGCCCCUCCCUCCCUCCCCCUUUCCUGUAUCCUUCUUUCCGUGCCCACCCUAAUCUUGAUUCCCACCUCCUGCUCGCCCCUGUGGGCCUGUCCGUCCCUCCCCCAUCCCACUUAAACCCUUUUUCUCUCUGUGUGGCAAACAUUUAAAGAAAAAAAAGCAAAAAAAAAAAAAAAAGCAGGAAAAAUCCCAGUCGAACAGUGUGGCUUAAACAUUUCUUUGUUUCUUGGUGUUGUUAUGGCGAGUUGUUUGGUAAUGAUGAUGAUCCAAUCAUUUUGGGAAAAUUCUUGCACUGUAUCAGAGUUCUUUGAUCUGGCGCGUGCGUGUGUUUGUCUGCCCGCCGCGAGCGCUCUCUCUCUCUCCCCUCCGCCCUCCCUCUCUGUUCCAAGUGUGUGUGCAAUGUUCCGUUCAUCUGAGGAGUCCAGACUUACCGAUUUAAAAACGAAAAAAAAUUCUUUUUCUUCCUUUUUCAAUGUGAUGGAAUGAACUAAAGAGAACAAAAAAAAAAACAAACAAACAAACGAAGGAAAAUUAACCCCCCCGUUUGUUUUCAAAAAUAAAGCAAAAUGUGCCAAUUAGCUUCACGCGUGGCUCCAGGCUCCUUUUUCAAACUGAACGACGAUGAUAAUAAUAAAUGAGAAUAAUGAUCAUGA